AUUUUAUGGAGUAUAUGGAUCUGCAAAAAAUCGAUGUAUAAAUUGAAACCCCUGUAAAGAGUCAAUAAAUUCAUGAAUCUAAGGUGGUCGCAGUCUCGAAGCUUAAACAACGUUCCGCUAAAAAUUAGUCAAGGUCUUCUCUAUAAGGGACCGGGGUUAUUCCGAGAAUGACAGAUGUGACAGAUUGGGCGCGAUAUAGAGCUUAUUAGCGGGAAUCGGUCGGAGAUCGGAGCAAAUAUCUUGGACGAUUGAUAAGGUCGCGCGCGCGGAUGCGAAAUACUUUCGGUAUAUCACGUACACACGUACAUACACGUCGAGUUCAGUCAUCGGCACGUACGUCAGAGUGUGUGCAUCGCCGCGAGGCGCGAAAGAUCGCUCUCUCAUUCGAUAAAGGCACGAGCGGAUCGCGACGUCCGACCAGUUACUUCUCGGACUUCGAGAUCGGUGAGCCGCGAGUCGCGUGGAUCCCCUAUCGAUCGCCGAUCCUUGGAUUAUUAUACCUGUGUGUUGAAGUGGCCGGGGAACAAAAAAUCUCCCACGUGUGAAAGAUUUUUUUAACGAUAAUCCGAAGAUAAAGUGCCGAUCUCGAGAGAGUAACGUGUUUUCUGGUGAAAAUUAUAUACUCGCCGUUUUGUUGAGGAUUUAACGAGCAAAGUUGGAGUUUGGAUCGUUAAGAUGAACGUCGCGAGGAACCUUGAUAAUUGAUAAUCCAUGUUGUUGAAUAACUUAUUAAAGUCAAAGUCAAAGUCUCCUCUUCGCGCCAUAAAAUCGCGAAAAAAAUCGUCAAAAAGUUUCUCGUUUUUUUGGAGGUUUCUCGACAGGGAUUUCCAAAUGACUUAAUAUACCCUGACACCAAACGUGAUUGAUGGAUCACGCGUGCAGUCGUGCGUAGAGAAAUAUUGGCGGGAAAGAAAAAGAAGCACGAUAAAGGUAGCGAGUGAUCAAUGAAGAUCGUUGAUCGCUAAUCUCGAUUCUAUAAUUCACGAGGGCUUCGGAUUAAAACGUUCCUCUGGCUAAUUCACGGAGCCGAUCAGAAAGCGGAUAUAUUGAGAUGUUUAAUUGAAACCCACGGCGAUUAAGCGAUUACCAGGAGACUUAUCGACGAGUGCAAGCAAGGGCGUGACGAGAUAAAUGUGCAAGAGAUCUAAUAAUGCGAUAUCGAUAAGUGACGAAAGAGACGAGGAACGUAAGCGCCUCUGAUUCUUGGCGAAAUGUCAUCAGAAAACGCGAUCUAAUCUAUCGUGGACAAAGUCGGUUCGCCAGUCUCAUUUAAGUCAAGUCCGUCGUGUGAAAACUCCAAAGUUCGAUUAUGUUUACAAGGUGUACGCUCGAUACGUGAUAUCGAUUAACGAAAGUUGACGCGAUACGAAUCGCAAUCUAACAAAUCUCAACAACGCGCAGAAAUUCCAAGAUUUUAUAGACACUUCGACAAGGCAUAAUAAUUAUUAUCCAGGAUGCGUCUCAUUUGCAUCUGCGUCCUUUUCGCAUAUUUAUCGGCGAUGUCUGUCGCGAGUGACGUAUCGCCGAUUAUACAUGGAAUUCCAUUGCGAAACAACACUUUAAUACCGGAUGAAUACAGAGAGCUGGUGAUGAGGAUGCCGUUGGUGGGAAAAUGUUGCCCCGUAAAUGAAGUCCUCGUAAGAGAUGGGAACCAUACAGUUUGCGUUCCCUCCACCAACUCGACGAUGCAUUUUUCGCCUUUAUUCAGUCACUUUAAUAACACCGGGGUGUUUGUACCUGGAGACAAAUUUGGGGAAUUCGUCGCUAUCAUUGGAAGUCCCUGUCGUAAAAAGUACAUGCUAGAACCGAAAGAAGGCAGCGAAGACGACGAGGAUAGCUAUCAUUUACUGAUGAAUGGUUCCAUCUUUGCGCCAAAAAUCGGUCAUGCACCGAUUAUGCUUAUGCCUGGUAAAGACUAUUGUAUGGAGGUUGUGCCCGAAUGGAAACUUAGGGUGCUCGUUUGUUUUCCAAAAGUUAUUCCGGAUAUACGGGUGAUCAUUUACGCUUGUGGGCUGUUGAUCUCGGUCCCUUUUUUCAUUCUUACCAUUGCGGCGUACGUAAUAACUCCAAGGUUGAGGGACGUCCACGGGAAAGCCCUUUGCCACUAUUGCGGCUGCUUGGCGGUGGCCUUUAGCACUUUGGCCAUUACGCAACUCGCGAGCGCGCGAUUGACGCCUGAGGUCUGCGUUAGCAUAGCGUUCGUCAUCCAGUUCUCGUUCGUGGCCUGUUUUUUCUGGCUGAACGUGAUGUGCAUCGAAACGUGGUCAUUAGUACAUUAUCACGUGAACCAUCGCGCGUACAGAAAGAUUCAGUCCAAAACGCUCUUCUUCUAUUACUCGAUAUGGGCCUGGGGCGCGUCGGCGAUCCUCAUUCUCGUCUCGAUAGCGAUGCAGCUCAGUCCCACAGUACCCAUGACCUACGUCAAGCCUGCUUUUGGUAGCGAUAGCUGCUGGUUCAAAUCCGACGCCGAAGCCAUGCCAUACUUUUACGUCCCGAUCGGUCUUCUUCUGCUGGCGAAUAUGACCCUCUUCAUAAUCACGGCUGUCAAAAUCAGCCGCUAUCAGCAGGAGCUUGUGUUGAGACGCUUGGCGAGGAAUCAGCAUUCCGAUCGGGAAGAUCAGAGGCUCUUUCGCAGACUCAAACGGACCUUCCUCGUCUGCGUGGUGCUCUUCUUCCUGAUGGGUCUCAAUUGGUUGAUGGAAUUGGUCUCUUGGUGGGCUGGUCCGCUGGACUGGUCGGCGUUCGAUCUAGUGAACGCUCUUCAGGGCGUUCUCAUUUUCGGCCUGUUCGUUCUGAGGAAGCCAGCCAGGGAUUUCGUUUGGCAUCGAAUACAAAAGUUACGGGGAAUUCAUAGCACGGAACCAAAUGUCGGAAGUAUGGACUUGGCAUUGCUGCCUGUGAUGAACGGUGGCGAUUCCUUACCUAGACAGACUAUCGUUCCAUGAUAUAUAAAUUAUCACGACAAAAAAAUUAAUCUUUAGACGUGAAAGUAUGAUGCAUUUAACGCGUGCGUCCUAAGUACAAAUGUCGACCGUGAACUUGACGAAACGAUCGAUAAACUGAUAAUGGCCCGGUGGAAGGAGGGACC